AUGUACGCGCGCCUCCCCAACUGGCUGCACAGGCUGUUCGACCUGCUCGGGCGGCCGUUUGUGAAUCUCGUCGUCCUCCCCUCGACCUUCUUCUACCACUCGGCGCGCUAUGUGCUGCGCUCGUACCCUCGAACGCUCGGGUGCCCGCACAUCUCAUACUGGACGUACAUCAAGACCAACCUCGCCCGCGUCCACUCGGGAUGGACCAAGGGCAACUGGGUCAACUACGCCGACCCCGAUGCCGGCAAGAUCCUGCCCUCGCCGUAUGCCAACCUGUGUGACAUCGAGAAACUGCUUGUGCCGGCCGCGAGCGCGCCGCGCGUCGGCGUCGCGGCAGUCGGUAUCGUCCCCUCUGUUCCUGUUCCCGGUUUCAUGCUCCGAAAGAAGAAGCUCUUCGGUCAGACGCCUACUGGUCUCUUCGAGCGCGCCAAACGCGGAGAAAGGAUCCUGUACUACCUCGUCGGCGGCGGGUUCGCUGGCGGGCACCCGCUCGACUCGCACCUCGUCUGGUCCAUGGCGCAGAUCACCUGCGACCGCAUCUUUAGUGAGCUGUCGCCUUCUUUCAGAAAAGCUGACCUCCCAGCUGUGAACUACCGCAAGUCGCUGGACAAGACGAGCGCCUUCCCUGCCUCUCUCCUCGACGCUCUUGCCGGGUACCAGUACCUCCUGUCCCUCGGCUUUGAGCCGAAGAACAUCAUGCUCUGCGGCGACUCGGCCGGCGCCAACGCCUGCCUCGCCCUCUCCCGAUACCUAGACGCUCUGACUGAUGCCGGCCACCACAUUGGCCAGGUCGGCGCGCUCUGCCUCCUCUGCGACGUGGUCCACGACCUACGCACAGUGUACAUCCCAUCGCACACGCGCCACGCCUCCCCCGAGUCGCUGUACUUCUCGCCCGCGCUCGCGCCGGCCGACGACGAGCACUUCCGCCGUCUAGCCGAAGGCAAGACGCGCAUCUACGUGCUGACGUACACGACCGAGCGGCUUUACGACGAGGCGGUCGCGCUGGCUUCGACGCUCGAAGAGGCGGGCGUGCAGGUCACGAAGCGGGAGAUUGUCGGCGGCACGCACCGCGACUUUCUCCAGAUGGAUCGCAAGCCGAAGCACCAGGGGUGGAGCUGGCCCAUUGUUGCUGUCGACUUUCAGCACUUCUGGCUCGCUUGGCGGAACAUGUAA